AUGAACUAUCGUCCCAAUUUUGCAACCCACAACCUCCAGCCUGUAAACACAACUUUGGAUUCAAAGUCGAAAUUGAAUCAAAGACGUUCCAGUGGAUCUUCUAGUAGCAGUAGUAGCUCUUCCAGCAGCAGCACUAGUGGAAGUUCUGAAUCCUCUUCAUCGAGCUCAUCAUCAAGUUCAAGCGAUGAAAGUGAUGAUACACAUAUCAGACAAGUCUCAGAAAAUAGUACUGAAUUCUGGAAAGGACCGCAAGGACAGAAUUUGUCCACCACGAGGAAUGGCCCUGCAUUCGUUCGUAGCAGUUCAAAGCCUUUGAUGCCAAUUUGUAAAGUUUCAACUCUCAGUGAAUGUUCAGGCUCAGAUGACGAAGGUGCUAAGCAGUGCCUCCCAGACAACUGCAAAAAAGAUGAACUUCCUGAUAUGGAUGGUCUUCGCUUCGAUCUCUCCGAAUCAUCAUCGAAUGAAGAAGAUCAACCAAAGGAACAGUCGUCUCCUGCAUCAGUUGAGUAUUCUGUCCGUAACUCUAAUCCCCGUUCUGAUCGAUGCACAUCAGAGGGAUAUUACACGCCGCUCCAUGCUCCUACCCCAUCCAUCCCUGAUGACAUUCUGAGUACUGAGGAAAUUGACCCAGUUCCUGUGGACAGUAUGGAUGCAUUUGAUGCAAUGUUCCAGAAAGUCAACGAUACAAUUUUGGAACUGUGCAGAGGACGGAAAGAAGGAGGAGAUGACGAAGCUGAUGCUGAUCAACGCAAAUUCCAAUCUGCUGAUUGGAUCAAAAGCCAGCAGCAACCUCAACCGUUGAAUACGUCGAACCAGUGGCGGGAAAAUAAUUCCAAGCGUAAAAGAUCAGUUUCAGGUACCCCCGAAAGUAGUGGCAUCUUUUCAGCAGCAUGGGAUAGCGAAUCCCAUGAGGACAACUUCGAUAAGGAUGUAGUUCCUAGUUUACCAGCAAUGAAGCCAUCAAUCGAUGGCAAAUUCCGAGAAGAAAGUGAUUUUUUCAAGUUAACUGUUGACACCGAAGAUUCUGUAAAAUUGAAGGCAAUUAAGAAGAUUUUCUGGAAGAAAGCAAUUGAAGAAAAAUUCAAGGAUGUCGUGAAUGUAAUUGAGGGAGAGUGA